CUCCGACACUGCAGUUGCAGCUCCUGAUGUCGCCGCAGUAAUCCAGCCGCUGCGCACUCUCUCCCUCACCGGUCACAGCACCGCAUCGCAGGGCCGAGCCCGGAUCCCGCCGCUCCGCAGGAUGGCCGGAGCUCCUCCAAGUUACUGCUUUGUGGCCUUCCCGCCGCGUGCUAAGGAUGGUCUGGUGGUGUUUGGGAAAAAUUCAGCGCGGCCCAGGGAUGAAGUGCAGGAGGUUGUGUAUUUCUCCGCUGCUGAUCACGAACCGGAGAGCAAGGUCGAGUGCACUUACAUUUCAAUUGACCAAGUUCCGAGGACACAUGCCAUAGUGAUAAGCAGACCCGCCUGGCUUUGGGGGGCAGAAAUGGGAGCCAAUGAGCACGGCGUGUGCAUAGCCAAUGAAGCCGUCAACACCAGAGAACCGGCUGCUGAGACGGAAGCCUUACUGGGGAUGGAUCUGGUCAGGCUUGGUUUAGAAAGAGGGACAACAGCUAAAGAAGCCUUAGAUGUCAUCGUCUCCUUGUUGGAAGAACAUGGACAAGGUGGGAAUUAUUACGAAGAUGCAAACUCCUGUCAUAGCUUCCAAAGUGCGUAUCUGCUUGUGGAUCGAGAAGAGGCCUGGGUGCUUGAGACCGUAGGGAAGUACUGGGCUGCUGAGAAAAUCACAGAGGGAGUAAAAUGCAUCUGCAAUCAGCUUUCCCUCACUACAAAGAUGGACGCGGAGCACCCUGAACUCAGGACUUACGCUCAGAGUCAAGGCUGGUGGACGGGAGAGGAUGAGUUCAAUUUUUCCCAGAUUUUUUCUCCAGCUGAUGACCACCCAGACAACUGUGCAGGCAAAGACAGCUUAGAAAAGCAAGAAGAAAGCAUAACUGUACAGACAAUGAUUAACAUCUUACGGGACAAAGCCAGUGGAGUCUGCAUAGACUCUGAAUCUUUCCUCACCACAGCCAGUAUAGUGUCUGUCCUGCCUCAGAAUAGAAGCUCGCCGUGCAUUCACUACUUCACUGGGACCCCAGAUCCUUCCAGGUCCAUAUUCAAGCCUUUCAUCUUUGUUGAUGAUGUAAAACUUGUUCCCAAAGCACAGUCUCCUUGUUUUGGGGACGAUGACCCUGCUAAAAAGGAGCCUCGGUUCCAGGAGAAACCAGACCGCCGGCAUGAGCUGUACAAGGCCCACGAGUGGGCACGUGCUGUCAUCGAGAGUGACCAGGAGCAGGGCCGCGUGCUGAAGAAGACCAUGAUGGAGCUGGAGAAGCAAGGCCUGGAAGCCAUGGAAGAAAUCCUGAGCAGCCCUGAGCCCCCAGACCCCGCCGAGGUGGGGGACCUUUUCUAUGACUGUGUCGACACGGAGAUUAAGUUCUUUAAGUGAAGUGAGCAUUCCCUUUCCCCUUCUUAUUUAAAACUUCCCACCUGACUAAAUGACCAGCAAAACAAACCACUCUCCUGUUUGAGUAAAAUGAGAAAAGUUAUCAGGUGG